AGCUUUAAACAAGGGGGGAGAAGAUCUGGGAAAAGAAAAAGGAAAGUCAUAUUACUAUAAAAACAGAGGUCACACCAUCCAUUGUCAGAGCUCCACCCCUACCAAAGUAAAAGAAUUGGAGGUGGAGAGGAAAGUGGAAUUCAAAAUCUGGUCUGAAUCUAAGGAACAGUUGUGGGUUUUGUUUGAGAGAAAAUGGUCUUAAUUAAAGAAGAGAUGAUCAAGCAGUUAGGAGGUUUGAUGGAAGAUAUUGAUGAAUCACUGAAGAGGACUUUCAAGAAUGUGCACCAAGGGUUUCCAACUGAGACUCUGGUGAGGUUUCUAAAAGCAAGGGAUGGACAUGUAUCUAAAGCCCAUAAAAUGAUUACUGACUGUUUGAACUGGAGGCUCCAAAAUGAGAUUGAUAAUAUAUUAGCUAAGCCAAUUAUCCCUUCUGAGUUGUACAGGGGAAUUAGGGAAUCUCAGCUUGUAGGGAUGUCUGGAUACUCAAAAGAGGGCCUUCCUGUCAUUGCAGUUGGUGUGGGGCUCAGCACAUUUGACAGAGCAUCUGUUCACUACUAUGUUCAAUCACACAUACAAAUGAAUGAAUAUCGUGACCGAGUCAUCUUGCCUUUUGCAACAAGAAAGUUUGGUCGGCACAUUAGUACAUGUAUAAAGAUAUUGGACAUGACUGGUCUUAAGCUUUCCGCUCUAAAUCAAAUUAAGCUAAUGACUACUAUCUCUACCAUUGAUGAUCUUAAUUAUCCCGAGAAGACCGAAACAUAUUACAUUGUUAAUGCACCAUAUAUAUUUUCAGCAUGCUGGAAGGUAGUGCGUCCUCUUCUACAAGAAAGAACGAGAAAGAAAGUUCAAGUGUUGUCAGGUUCAGGAAGAGAUGACCUAUUGAAAAUAAUGGAUUAUGCAUCUCUCCCUCAUUUCUGUAAAAGAGAGGGCUCAGGGUCUUCUCGGCAUUCUAGGAAUGGUACCAUCGAUGAUUGUUUUUCCUUGGACCAUGACUUCCAUCAGCAGCUUUAUGAUUAUAUUAAGCAGCAAGCAGAGCUUGUGGAGCCUGCUGGACUAAUCAAAGAAGGGUCGUUCCAUGUUGCUGUCCCUGAACCAGACCCUGAUGAUGCUAAUAUUGCUAAAACCUUGGCAUCAGAAUUUCAAAGACUCGGGGAGAAUGGCAUUUCCAAGUCGUUCCGUGAAGUUAAGAUCAACGGUGAGGUCAAAGCUGAAUAAAUGAGUGCAUAUCAUUGACAAUACAGUUGGGUGACUGUUCUUCAAAAUCCUGGGUAUUAGAUGAGAGGAUUUCACUAAGCUUAGAUAUGUUGUAGUAUUACUGGCUUGCAUCAUCUCGAUGCUGGAGUUAGGAUGUGAACUUAGAGUGAGAUAAUCAAUCAUGUUGUUUGAAUAUGCUAUGGAUGAUGGUCAUAUUUUGGCUCUCUUCUGUUGUGAAAUAGCCUAUACUGCUUAUUUGUUGACCAUUCGUAA